AUGAAGUUCUUAGGAUGGAUGCUGAACAAGCAAAAUGCAAAACAUGGGGAUUAUAAUAGAACAAGCACUUCCUCUGCUUCUUCUCAUCAUGUGAAGCAAGAGUCAAGAGAGGAGUUUAGCGACUGGCCUCACGCUUUGCUUGCUAUUGGAACGUUUGGUUCAACAAGCACUGGUGUGAGCCAAAAAGAGAGCAACAAUGUUCAUGAAGAGAUCGAAGAAGAGAAGAAGUCUAUCUCGCAUUCCGAGCCAGAAGAAGAGCCUUCUUCAUCUGCUGAUAUUGAUGAUUUUACUCCAGAGGAGGCCAAGAAGUUGCAAAAGGAGUUGAUGAAGAUUUUAUCAAGAACUAAGAAAAGGAAGUCUGAUGUGAAUAGAGAGCUCAUGAAAAAUCUUCCUUUGGAUAGAUUCUUGAACUGUCCGUCGAGUUUAAAUGUGGAGAGGCGAAUCAGCAAUGCACUCUGUGCUGUUGUGGAUUCAUCUGAAGAGAGUGAUGAUAUGGAGCGAACAAUUAACGUUAUUCUAGGUAGAUGCAAAGAGAUAUCUAUAGAGAGUAAGAAGAACAAGAAGAAGACAGACAUAAGCAAGACGUCUGUCUCAUAUCUUUUCAAGAAGAUCUUUGUAUGUGCGGAUGGGUUUUCUACACCCCCGAACCCUAGCUUGAGAGACACGCUUCAAGAAUCAAGAAUGGAGAAGUUGUUGAAGAUGAUGCUACAUAAGAAGAUUAAUGUUCAAUCCUCGUCGAAACCAGCAACAUCAACAACACAGAGAUGCUUGCAAGGCAAGAAACAGCUCUCUUUGAAGAGUGAAGAAAAAGAAGAAGAAACCAACGAAAGAAGAAGUAGUAGCGAUGGACAUAAAUGGGUCAAAACAGAUUCUGACUUCAUAGUUCUUGAGAUCUGAUCAAACAUUCGUUUUUGAAGCCUUUGCAAGAAUCUAUUCAGCGUACAGAUUCAAACUCGUAAAGGAAAUAACGAAAUGAGUCUCUUAUUUUGGAGGAUUUUUUUUGAUG